UUUAUGCACUUCGAUACUCGUUCUCGCACUGUGAAAAUUUCCAAUUUUUUUGAUUAUUUUCCUUAGCACACUGUCAAGUCAGAGUGGUUAUAUAAUUCCAUUAACUUAAUCAAUAUGUUGGUCAAACAAUUUGUAUCCCAAGCUCUUUUGUUGAGAAAUGCUGGAGCUUUGUCUCGUGCUGCCUACCAUGCCGGUGGACACCACAAGCCCUCAACCAUGAAUGACUUACCAGUCCCAGAAGGAGAUUGGCAAGAACACCAUUCUCGUCAAAACUCCAAAUACAACGCAGUAUUGUUAACUGGAAUUUUGGUUUUGGCUGGUUCAAUUGGAUUUGCCAAGUCAUCAGGAAUUAUCUUCUUGAACUCCAAACCACCAAAGACAUACGAAUAAACAACAACAAUUCCAUGGAUAUAAAAAUAAAUGUAGCAAUUUGUUAAUUAUUAUUAAAAUAAAUUAUUCGCAAUUGCGCUAAGUGUA